GAAAAACAAAAAAACAAAAACAAAUCACAGAGGCAUACAGAGAGAGAGACAGAGAGAGAGAGAUGGUGAGGAUGAGUUUCAGCUGUGUGAUGAACGCCGCUCCAAUCUUGUUUCUUUUGGUUCUUGCUGCAUUAGUUUCGGCCAAGUCAGGAGACGUAAAGGAGUUACAGAUCGGUGUGAAGUACAAGCCGGAAUCUUGUGAAAUCCAAGCUCACAAGGGUGAUAGAAUCAAAGUACACUAUCGGGGGAAACUCACAGAUGGGACAGUUUUUGAUUCCAGCUUUGAAAGGGGUGAUCCAAUUGAGUUUGAGCUUGGUAGUGGUCAAGUGAUCAAAGGAUGGGACCAAGGGCUGCUGGGUAUGUGUGUCGGAGAGAAGCGGAAGUUGAAAAUUCCUGCUAAACUUGGUUAUGGAGAGCAGGGGUCCCCGCCUACAAUCCCAGGUGGUGCGACACUUGUCUUUGACACUGAGCUUGUCGCAGUGAAUGGAAAACCAUCAAGCGGAGGAAACACGGAUGACAGUGAGCUAUAAUCACAUGAAAUUUUCGUUCUUCCCUAGUCAUCCUGAUUUUACUCCAGGUCCAUAAUUUAUUCCUUGGCUUCUACAUUGUAGUUGUUAUUAUCUUCGGAAAGAAGAUAAAAAAAAAAUAGCUGGAAGUUGUAAUAACUGCUACACCUGAUGAUUUCUUUGCCACAAACUGAAGUUUUAGGGGAUGUUUGUUUGUUGUUUUUAUUUUUUGUUUUUAAUUUUUGCCCAAAAAAAACAAAAAUGUGUUUGGUAAUUGUUUUGGUUUUUAUUUUACCUCAGU